AUGGCUAUCUCCGCUGUCAUGAACUGGUGGAAUACUUACCAGCUAGACAAACUGGACAGCAACGACUCCAACACAGAGGAAGACGAGGACGAAUUAGCAGGGAGGACACAGUUAUCUCUGAAGCUAAGCCAGACACUGCGGACCAGGCAGGUGCUCAUAAACUUUGAGGGUGGCCGACGUGUUUUGAGUCUGCGGGCGCCGCCGGACCUGGUAAACUUCCCGUCUGUCUCCCGCCCCCGCUGGCCCAUAGAGUGUGAGGUCAUCAGCGACAUUAUACAACACAUAGAGUGGGACCCCCCAGAGCCAGAGCCUUUCUAUCAGCACACAGGGCAUGAGAGGACACCGAUGCCGGUUGGAGAGGAGAGGGGGAAGCUGGUGUACUGCAUUGACCAUGCCACUAAGCGUCCCUACUUCACCUGCUCUCGUGUUGGAGGAAGCAAGGGCCCCGUUGAAAGCGCCACUUGUCAUGGCGUCAAUCAGACGGAGUUCACCCUGGAGUUUGAGUCACGCUUUGAAAGUGGGAACCUUCAGAAGGCCGUUCAAGUGGGCGUCUACGACUACGAGCUCACCCUGCGCACAGACAUGUACACCGGAAAGCACACGCAGUGGUUUUACUUCAGGGUCCGGAACAUGAAGGCUGGCGUCACCUACCGCUUCACUAUCAUCAACUUGAUGAAGAGCAGCAGUCUGUAUUCUCACGGUAUGAGACCGCUCCUCUACUCUGAGAGGGCAGCUGAGGAGAGCAGCGUUGGAUGGCAGCGCUCAGGCUCAAAUAUCAGAUACUAUCGGAACUGCUGUCAGAACACCAAGGACAAAAACAGUGACGCCGUCGCCUUGUACUCGCUCUCCUGGACUCUCCAGUUCCCUCACGACUCCGACACCUGCUACCUGGCCCACUGCUACCCCUACACCUAUUCACGCCUGCAGCGCUACCUGAGGCACAUUUCCUCCAACCCAGCAGUUGCAUCGUACUGUAAAGUGCGGGUCCUGUGCCACAGCCUCGCUGGGAAUGCAGUGUAUGUGGUGACAGUCACGUCCCCGGGUGUCAGCAGGGUGGAGGGCAGGACCAAGAAGGCUGUGGUGGUGACGGCCCGAGUGCACCCUGGGGAGACCAACGGGUCCUGGAUGAUGGAGGGAUUCCUGGACUUUCUGCUUGGAGACUCAGAUGAUGCUCAGCUACUCAGGGACACUUUUGUUUUUAAGGUGGUGCCCAUGCUGAACCCAGAUGGCGUGGUGGUGGGCAACUACCGCUGCUCUCUGGCAGGCCGAGACCUCAACAGAUACUACAAGACACUGCUCAGGGAUUCCUUUCCUUGUGUGUGGUACACCCGAAACAUGGUGGAGAGACUAAUGGCUGAAAUAGAUGUAGUUCUUUACUGUGACUUUCACGGCCACAACCGUAAAAACAACGUCUUCAUGUACGGUUGCAACAACCGAGGCGAUGCUUCGCUCAAGCUUCACGAGAGAGUCUUUCCACUGAUGAUGAGCAAGAAUGCCAGUAACAAGUUCUCCUUCAAGAGCUGUAAAUUCCGGGUGCAGAAGAGCAAAGAAGGCACCGGGCGAAUCGUCAUGUGGAGACUUGGCAUCAAAAACAGCUACACCAUGGAGGCCACCUUUGGAGGUUCCACUCUAGGCGACAGGAGGGGGACACAUUUUACGACUCGAGACCUGAAGUCCCUGGGCUUUUACUUUUGCGACACCCUGCUGGACUACUGUGAUCCUGAUCCAGCGAAGGCUGCUUACUGUCUGACAGAGCUGGCAGCUUUGUUAAGAAAGGAAGUCAGAGACAGACUGGGCAAAGACGUGAGCACCGACUGUAACUUCUCUGUGUCCGACCUAGAAACCAGCACAAGUGGUUCAAACAGCUCUGACUCAGACGGACUCCCGGUUCAUUUACUGAAGCAGCCACAAACUGGCCAUCCAGAGCAAACUCCGGUGAAGAAGAAAAAGAAACGCUUGAGGAGACGUAAAGAAAGAAACAGGCUGCAACCGGACAGAGUGAAGAACAGCACACAGCCGAAGAUCCCGCAAAGCAGCGUCAAAAAUAAUGAGUCCAACCUGCCUCAUGAUAGCACAGUUAAACAGAGACCUGCUGGGAGACACAGGAAGAAAUGGCAGGUACAUGGUCUGAUCAGAAAAGCUGCCAUCCCUCCUCCCACCAGUCACUCUGAGGAGGUCAGCCAGGUGACACUGUGGCAGGGCUGCGAGCCCGUCAAGGACAUCUUUUCAGACCACCAGAGAUCCUCAUUCCUGCACCACAGGACUAAAGCAUGUCCACGUCUCAGCCCAUGCACAGCCCUGUCACCUCACACAGGCGACCUGUUCAUGCACACCAGACAGUGGAGAUGCUCCUCUCAGCUGCUGCACCUCAGCGCUCUCCUUCCGCCUUCACCCAGUUUCAUACAUUCCAGCCAGCAACAGCAUAACUGCAUCCAACAAUCUCACACCUCCUAUAAAGUCUACAGAGGGCUGCCAUCGUCCCUCACAGCGCCGCACAGGUCUCCCUCCUCCAUGUUUGUCAAGAAGAUGCCAGACAUCGUUCCAACAAAACGCCUGCUGUCUAGUUUGACCACCAACAAGUUUAGCGGCCGGCACACCUUCAGAGACGGAGCUUCUCUACGUUUCUCAGAAAAUCCCUUUGUGUCCAAAGAUUCCUCCAAAUUUAAACAGGAAGAGGAUUCCUCAGAAGGUUCAUAA